AUGGCGGUGGAUGGAGGCAGCGCCGCAGGAUCGAUCGCCGAAAAACUCGAUUGGGAUCGCUGUUCAUAACUGAGCCAAAGACCGUGAAACAGCGCCUGGUUGGAGGGUUCGAACCCGGAGCGAAGAGCGGAACACACGGAGAGAAGGUGCCUGGCCGCCAGCGCCAUCCUCACUCUUCAGAGCGAUGGAGUUCCCAUGGCACAGCGGAAAGGUCCUGGAGCAGCUGAACCGGCAGCGCAAGCAGGGCCUGCUGUGUGACUGCACCUUCGUUGUGGACGGGGUGGACUUCAAGGCCCACAAAGCUGUGCUGGCAGCCUGCAGCAUCUAUUUCCGCACCCUCUUCCUGGACCAGAAGGAUGUGGUGCAUCUGGACAUCAGCAAUGCAGCAGGUUUGGGUCAUGUCCUGGAGUUUAUGUACACAGCCAAGCUGAGUUUAAGUUCGCAGAAUGUCGAAGACGUGCUGGCCGUUGCUAACUUUUUACAAAUGCAAGAGAUUGUAAACGCCUGCUCUGCGUACCAGUCGAUGGCAAAUCCAGUUCCUUCCCUCAUAACACUGGAUUUCACUGUGGAUGAAAAAACAGGUCAAAGCGAGCUGAGACUGGCGCAGGAGAGUGACAUGACAGAAGUGGCAGCACAAGCAGAGGAGAGUGAUUCUGGCAUUAUCACAGAAGAUAAAGAACCCACGCAAAAUGCGGACAAUUUAAAGGAAGAUACUGCUACAGAAACUCAACAGACUGCUUCUCAGCCCAGUCCUGCAGCACAAACACCCAAAACCGAGCCCCCUUCUGGUGAAGAGAACAUAGAAAGCACUGCACAAGAUGCACCUGAAUUUCAGGAUGACCCCUGUGACACUAAUUAUGAACCCGGAUUACAGGUCAAAUCUGAAGGCAGCUCAUCUUACUCGAGCUCUCGAGGGAGAAGAAUCAGAAAACCUCUGCGUCGGAACUUCCCAGCUGAGAGUGACUCAGAGGGCGAAGGCACGUCAGACACAAAACCUGAGUCAAAGGAGGCGGAGCCGACCGAGUUGACUGAAGGAGAAGAGGAUGAGUUUGGGGAGACCGGUGAUGGGGAAGUUGAUGAUGAAGAUGGGGAUGGAGAGGAAGAUGGCGAGGUCAGCCCGCAGGAGGAAGGAGUCGACUCCGGCAGCGAGAUGGAGGGGAGACAAACUCUGUCAGCGUCAAUGAGCAACCGGUCCGAGUCCAAGCCUUACAGCUCUGUGACACACAAAUGUGAGGACUGUGGGAAGAAAUUCACCCACACUGGUAACUUCAAGAGACACAUGCGUAUUCACACAGGAGAGAAGCCGUUCAGCUGUCGGGACUGCAACAAGGCUUUCUCGGACCCAGCAGCCUGUAAAGCCCACGAGAAAACACACAGCCCCCUGAAGCCGUACUGCUGCUCUAUUUGCGGAAAGAGCUACCGUCAGAUCAGCCUGCUCAAUUUGCACCGCAAGCGCCACACAGGUGAAGCACGCUACAGCUGCGACGUCUGCGGGAAGCUCUUCACCACGUCUGGCAACCUGAAGCGGCACCAGCUGGUGCACAGCGGUGAGAAGCCCUAUCACUGCGACUUCUGUGAGAAGGCCUUUUCUGACCCCACCGCCAAGAUGAGACAUCUAGAGACGCACAAUACAGGAAAGGGCAACAAGUGUCCGCACUGUGAAAAACGCUUUAACCAGGUGGGAAAUCUUAAGGCUCACUUAAAGAUCCACAUUACAGAUGGACCUCUUAAAUGCAAAGAAUGUGGCAAACAGUUUACAACUUCAGGGAAUCUGAAGAGACACCUGCGGGUUCACAGUGGGGAGAAACCUUAUACCUGUAUGCACUGUAUGAGAGCGUUCAGUGAUCCUGGAGCUCUGCAACGGCAUGAACGCAUCCACACAGGAGAGAAGCCCUGCGUCUGUGUUGUCUGUGGCAAAGCCUUCACCCAGGCCAGCUCCCUUAUCGCUCAUGUCCGCCAGCACACGGGAGAGAAGCCUUAUGUGUGUGAUCGCUGCGGCAAAAGGUUUGUGCAGUCCAGUCAACUGGCCAAUCACAUUCGCCAUCAUGACAACGUUCGGCCACACAAAUGUCAGAUGUGCAACAAGGCAUUUGUCAAUGUGGGAGACCUGUCGAAGCAUAUCAUCAUACACACAGGGGAGAAACCUUUCCUGUGUGACAAAUGCGGCAGAGGUUUUAAUCGGGUGGACAAUCUGCGCUCUCAUGUCAGGACCGUCCACCAAGGCAAGGCCGGCAUGAAGCGACUGAUCGUAGCCACGGGCGGCACAGAGGAGGUGUCUGAUGGGUGCACCGGUGCAGCUAACUCUGACAGCGAGAUCAACAUAGUGACUGUUACCACAGAUGAAAUGGUCACCCUGGAGGGAAGCGCUGUGGCUCAGCUGACAGUUGUUCCAGUGGCUGCUUCAGUGUCUGCAGAUGAGACAGAGGCUUUGAAAGCUGAAAUCACCAAGGCAGUAGAGAAAGUGCAAGAAGCAGAUCCCAACACACAGAUCUUAUACGCUUGUGAUUCCUGUGGUGAUAAAUUCUUGGACGCGAGCUCCCUUGCCCAGCACGUACGCAUACACACAGCUCAGGCCUUGGUCAUGUUUCAGGCAGACUCAGACUUUUACCAGUACACCGCAACCACCUCCGCUGAGGGGGAAACGGCUACAACAUGGCAACCCACAACAGAGCAAGUUAUCCAGGAAGGGGAAAACUGAUCUACCAUGCCAGUGACUGAGAGGAGGACAGAAAGAUGGUGGUCGAGACACGACAACUAGAAGAAGGGUCAGGAACGGUGACUAAAACCCACACUGAGCUCCACACGGUGAAAAGAGUUUACUGGAUCAGAUUUGUGAAAAGAUGUGUUAAAUAUUGUUUAUAGCAGAAAUCUAAUUUAUACAGGAGGAGGAAGCACAGUAAAUGAAGGGAGUUUAUGAGGCCCAAGAAUUUCCUAAUAAGGUAAACUUAAUGUAAACUGGAUAAGAUUUAUGGUCAUAAGUCAUGAUGUUUGCAGUCCCAAUUCCAACACACCAGAUGAAAUUCAGUGAUUUUGUAAAUCAUUUUGAGAAUUCUGUUAGAGAAGUUUAUACGAUGUAUAAUUUGUUUAUUUCUAGAAUGAAAUGCAGGAUUGGGCAUUUGUUAUUUCCAUUAAACAUUUAGAUCACAAUAAUUCCAAAUAUGACUUAAACACCUCUGUUUUAUUUUUUCAUUUCACUUAGGUGAAAUAUGUACAUUUUCCCUAAACAGUCACACUAUUUUAUUGCUUUUAGUUGAAAUAUUUUCAUGGAAAGCUCAUUAUACAAAUGAUAUUUAGAUGGACAUGUAGGGUAACAAAGAUUUAGAUCGGAGGGGUGAUUUAUUCAUGUUCUGGCAAACACUGUAAAUGCUGUUGAUGUGUAAUAUUUAUAGAUUUGCUACGUGUCCUUUAUAAGUCUUAUGACCCCUAAAUGAAGAUUGAAAUAAAUAUUUGUGUUGAUGAGAAACAGGUCAAUUCUCAGUUUUACCAUAACUGUAAGACAGCUUUUUUUUAUUGUUGCAGUAAGAUGAUCUCACUGGUUUGAAGAUAGUUCGGUGUCAUUUUGUUGUCUGUUUACAUUAACGCCUACAAGAUACUUGGUAAUAACCAAUGGUCAUCAUUGGAUCAAUAAAGAACCAUCGCAGUCUGA